AUGACAAGGAUAUCUCAAGCUUUUGAAGAAGGCAUCAAAAAGAGUGGUGCCCUGGAAAGCAAGAUGAGUGUGAUGCACAGCACUGAGCUGAGAAUGUGGCUGGGGGUCACAGUUCUGAUUUCUCUUGCUGUGUGCCUGGCUGUGGAGGAAGCAACUGAUGAAGGAAUACCUUGUUCAAAGUACCAGCAAGCUUUCAACCAUUCAUGCUAUGAGUUUGUUAGACUCCAGCAAACCUUCACAAGUGCCCAGAGCUGGUGUGAGAGAGGAGGAGGGCACCUUGUCUUUAUUCAAAAUGAGGACACUCAAGAGUUCUUGCAAAAACAUAUUGCUGAGGACCAGGAAUGGUGGAUAGGACUGAUCUCAAACUCCUUGCUGAAUGAAACUACUGAUGGGUCAAUAACUUGGCUGGACACUUCAAACAUAAGCUACAGUAAAUGGUACAAGGAUCAGCCCUCUCCCUUCUCAUCCACGUGUGGGUACAUCCUGAAGAAUGCCAAGUAUCAGUGGGGUGUGACUGAAAAUUGCAGCCAGGAAUUUUACUUCAUUUGCGAGUUUGAUUCUGGCCAGAGCAUUGCUUGUGAUAAUUACAAUGCCACUGUACAGUGUGGAUCAGGAGAAGUUAUUCAAGUUGAAGAGAGCUUCUACGGGCGGAAGACCCCUCACUACUGUGUGUCAGAGACUCCUCUCCAGCUUGAAACAGAUGAAGGCUGCAGCUGGAUCAGUGUCAAGGAUGAAGUGGCAGGCCAGUGUCAUGGUCUGCAGGCCUGCCAGGUGGCAGCAGAUGGCACUUUCUUUGGAAAUCCUUGUCCGGCUUUGGGAAGCUAUUUGUCUAUUCAAUACCACUGCAAGGAAGGUCUGCAGCUGUUUAUGACAGACACAUGUUUUGUCUUUGAAAAUAUCACGGUCACUUUGAACUGGCUGCUCUCACCAUACUCUGGGAACCUUUCCUGUACCAUUAGCACUGGGGAUGGUUACACUAUUGAUCCUUACUACCCUCUAACACUGGUCAGCAACCUCACAUACAGGUACUCCUCUGCUGGGGAGUUUACGGUUUUUGUGGAGUGCACCACCAGCGAGUGGCACGUGAUGGCACAGAGGCAGGUGACUGUUCAAGAUCAGGUGGAUCAGCUCAGCAUUUCUGGGUGCUACAGCCAGUAUGAAACAGGGAACAGCUCCCACUGCCGUACCCUGUAUGGAGAGGUGUUGUGGAUCCAAGUUCAGCUCAGUGGAGGCAAUGGAGUAACCUACAGCGUAUUUGCAGAUAACAUGACACUGACUGAAUCCAGUGCAGAGGAAGGUCUUGUCCCCCAUAACCUGACACUCAACAGUGCUUCCCAAAAGCUGAUAGGCCCAGGGAUGCACUGGCUGGAAAUCCGAGCAUCGAGGAACAUGACAGCAUCAGAGAUCUCCAGGAGUAUUGCUGUUCAUUUAAUUGAACCAGUAUCUGGGAUUCAGGCUGCAGUAGCUUCCCACACUCUGGAGCUGGGGGAGGAUUUGGAGGUGAAUGUCUCUGUGUCCCAUGGUGCCCCAGAGCAGCUGAUGUUUGAGGUGAUUGGAUCCAACCAAACCCACUGUCACAGAACAGACAGCCCUCGUGGGGAGCUGCAGAUGUACAGCGUUCCUGCUCCGUCAGAAGGUACUUUCCAAGUGAAAGUGGUGGCCAUGAAUGCCUUUUCAAAUGUGAGUCUGGAUCUUGGAUUCGUCACUGUGUUGGCAAACGGUUCCCAUAAAAAAGAUUCUGCUGAGGAAGAAGGCAUCUACAAAACAAAUAUCCGAAAGAAAAAUGAUCACAGAAUAUAUAUUAAACCAAGUCGCCAUGUGGAUCCUCUCACAACUGUUACACUUGGCUGGCCAGACAACAACAAUAAUUCCAGUUUUCUCUGGACCUGUGGAGCUUGUUGGCCUGCCUGGAAUGAAUGUGUGAAGCAACAGAUAAUCCGAAUCAACCAAAGUGAGGUGCAAAUCCCACCUUCCUGCCUUCCUCCUCCGAAAUCAGCAGUGACAGUCAGGAUUACUGUCCGAAGCCACGGCAGUGAAGAGAGGCAGGACGAGCAAUGUCUCUAUGUGACUGCAAAACAAGAACUGCAACUGGAAAUCAGGUGUGAGGCAAACUGCAAUCCAGUGAAUGUUAGUGAUGAAGUUGUUUUGAGUGUCUCUGGACAGGAGGACUCCCAUACCAUACCUUAUAACUGGUAUUUAGAUAACACAUUCAUAAACAAGUCUACAACCCUCCCUCUAGCCUGUGGCCUGACUGGUUUCCAGCAGAACUCUUUGAAUUUGCUUCAAAGCAACACAUCUGUAUUGAGAAUGCCCAGCUCCUUCUUGCAGACACAGGGAGAAGCUUUUCAGAUUAAAGUAAGAGGCAGGACCCAGCGAGGCUACGGCGAGGGCUCGUUCCUGGUGAGCACCGUGCCCCCGCCCGACCGCCCCGCCUGUGCCGUGAGUCCCGGGCACGGCUCCGUGCUCACCGCCUUCAGAGUCUCCUGCAGCGCUCCCGGCUCGGAGCGCUCGGGCCGCUCCAGUCCUAGCAGGCAGCUCACAUAUUGCUUCUAUGAGACACCCCAUUCUCUCCUGGAUUGUAGCCCGGAUCCUGAACUCUUCCCAGUUUAUCUUCCACUUGGAGAAGAGGAAAAUAAUUUUAUUUUACAUGUGACAAUCAUUGUUAGCAACAACUUCGGUGACAGAGUUCAAACAAAUGCUUCAGUGAAGGUUGGACCUGCAGAUAUGAUGGAUGGGAACCUGACCCUGCAGGCUGUGAUAUCUGAGAAGGCAAACACCAUCCUAAAAGAUGGGAACAACAGCAUGAGUCUUUUCCAGCUGUACAAGUCAGUAACAUCUGUACUUAAUCAGCAGAUCCAGGAGGAAAGUUUUAACAUGUCUUUACAGACAAAUACACGAAAAGAGCUCCGAGGGCUGAUGCUGACAACUCUCUCUGUUGUUAACAUAACAUCAAUGCAGACUGCUCUGAAGAUGUCAGAGGUAUUGAAAGAAAUCACUUACAGGAGUGAAGAGCUGUCUGUCUCAGCACAGGUGGAAGCCAGCAACACUCUGAAACAUGUCAGUGCCUCCUUGCUCGCUGUGAACACAGAGCACAGCAGAGAUGGUCAGGAGUUAAAGGAAGCAGCCAACUAUCUGUUUAAUGCAGUGAGCAAUGUUCUUAAAGCUUCUGUAGAAAUCAGAGCUGGGAACGCUUCAGUGCCAGAGGCAGAACAGAUGGUGAGCUUUGCCAUGAAUCCCUUUUUCUCCAGUGACAGCAGUUUUGACAUCAGUGGAACAGUGGGAGGUCUAAGUCUAACUGGUCUGGAUGGUUUGAUCAUACCAGUCAGCAAUCUCAAAGAGAACAUUGAGAUCAUGUUACCAAGGCUUUCAGCAACUCAGGAAGAUAAGGUUCUGUUGAAUCUGGGCAAUUAUAGCACUUUUCAAGUCAAUGUUACCUCAGAAAACACAUCUGUAGUGAUCCACCUGGAAUCUGAACAUGACAUCCCAUUAAUAUUUUACCUGGGGUAUGGUUAUCACCCAAAUGAAACCAACUAUGAUAUGAAAAAUCAUCUGUUUUAUAAGAAAACUUCUGGAGGUGAGACAAACAGUUGGGUUCUCAGCCCAGAAGAACUCAUUUUUGGAGAAGGAACCUACUAUUUCAUGGUUUUACAAGAUACGGGAAUGGAUUCAAGAGUCUACAAUGGGCUAACCAUAAAUGCCACUUGCUUUGCAUCCCGCUGUGCAUUUUGGGACGAGCACCAGGGAGGCUGGAACAGCUAUGGAUGUCAUGUAGGACCAAAAACAAAUCCUAGCAGCACGCAGUGCCUCUGCAACCAUCUGACCUUCUUUGGGAGCUCCUUCUUUGUCAUACCCAAUGCCAUAGAUGUCAGCAAAACAACACAGCUGUUUGGUACAUUUGUGGACAAUCCUGUGGUGGUGACAACUGUAGGAUGCAUCUUUCUGAUAUAUGUGCUUGUAGUUAUUUGGGCUCGAAGGAAAGACAUCCAGGAUGAUGCCAAAGUGAAAAUCACAGUCCUGGAAGACAAUGACCCCUUUGCUCAGUAUCGUUACCUUGUGACAGUUUUCACAGGACACCGCCGUGGCGCAGCCACAACCUCCAAGGUGACCCUCACCCUCUAUGGAGUGGAUGGAGAAAGUGAGCCCCAUCAUCUAAAUGAUCCUGAUACACCAGUCUUUGAACGUGGAGGAGUGGAUGUUUUCCUCCUUUGUACCUUCUUCCCUCUUGGGGAACUGCAGACUAUUAGAUUGUGGCAUGAUAAUUCAGGUGACAGUCCAUCCUGGUAUGUGAAUCGAGUAUUAGUCCAUGAUCUGGCAUGGGAUCAGAAAUGGUAUUUCCUCUGUAACUCCUGGUUAGCCAUUGAUAUUGGAGAAUGUGUUCUAGAUAAAGUAUUCCCAGUAGCAACUGAACAGGACAUGAAGCAGUUCAGCAAUCUGUUUUUCAUGAAGACCUCCAAGGGUUUCCAGGAUGGGCACAUCUGGUACUCGGUUUUCAGCCGCUCCCCACGAAGCUCCUUCACGCGAGCCCAGCGAGUGUCCUGUUGCUUCUCACUGCUCCUCUGCACCAUGCUGACCAGCAUCAUGUUCUGGGGUGUGCCAAAGGAUCCUGCUGAGCAGAAAAUGGAUUUGGGUAAGAUUGAAUUCACAUGGCAGGAAGUGAUGAUUGGCUUUGAGAGCUCCCUCCUCAUGUUCCCCAUCAACCUGCUCAUUGUGCAGAUCUUCAGGAACAUACGACCUCGGCCAGCCCAGCCGGGCAGAGAGAAGCCGGGAAAGAGUGGCCGAGUGUCCCCAAGCCUGCCUCCCACCCCAGGGGCCACCCAGGCUGCCUCUCUCACUCCAGAGGCUGUGACAAAGGACAUAAGAAGAAUUGCCAACUCACUCUCUAAAGCCCUGAAGACUCCAUCUCUCACCUCAGCACCAGACCUUGAAAAAUCAAUGAAUAUCAACACACUCCUGUCAUUGGUUGAGGACAUCAUCUGUCAGCAGAACAGAGCUGGGCAAGGGUUUUAUGAUGAGAGCAAGAAGGAUGGCCCCAUAAUUGUCACAUUGGGUGCUAUGGAUAUCCAAGAAAAAACAAGAAGUCCAACUCCAGAGAAGAGAGCUUGUGACCAGCUGAAAUACAGUGAUUACCAUCACUGCUUGUACAAACAACUCCAGCAGGUAGAGAUGGAGCUGGAAUUACUGGGGCCCCAUAAAUUUCAGAUGCCUCAGAGUUACACACAAGCUGUUUGUCAGGUCCAGCACAUGAAGAACCUCCUGGAGAACCAAAUCUGCUCAUCAGCAUCCAUCGCUGAGAGGUGGUCCCAUACUCCAAACUUGCCCAGUGAUGACAAGAAAAGUUCUUCUCCCAGAGGGCUGCCCUGGUGGUUUGUGUUCAUUGCUUGGUUCCUUGUGGCAGCCACCAGCGGUGUGUCUGGGUUCUUUACCAUGCUUUAUGGACUCCAUUAUGGCAAGGAGAACUCCAUCAAGUGGCUCAUCUCCAUGGUCAUCUCCUUCUUGGAAAGUCUUUUCAUCACACAGCCCUUAAAGGUGCUGGGAUUUGCUGCUUUUUUUGCUCUGGUUCUGAAAAACGUGGAACAUGAGGAUGAAGAAAACACAGCUAUUGAUGGGUCUUUAUCUGUACCAGGUAACUGCCUGCAAAGUGAUUCACACCCUCUUUUUGGGGUCCGAAGGGACAGUAGAAGCAAUAUUUACCAGCCACCUGCUGCUGCUGAUGUGGAGAAAAUGAAAAUCAGCUGCAUGAAGGAGCAGAAAGCAUUUGCCCUCAUCAGAGAAAUCCUGGCCUAUCUGGGAUUUUUAUGGAUGCUGUUACUGGUUGCCUAUGGGCAGAGAGAUCCCAAUUCCUACUAUUUAAACAAGCAUAUUAAGGACAGCUUUACGGAUGGAUUCCACGAUGUCUACAGUUACCAGGAUUUUUUCACGUGGGCGAACACUACUUUACUCAAAAAUCUUUAUGGAUCAUAUAAAGGAUUCAUUACAGAUGGCAAUUCCAAGCUGGUGGGUAGUGCUCGAAUUCGCCAAGUAAGAGUGAAAGGAGACACCUGCCCUAUUUCUCCCAGACUCCAGCACAUAGUUGAAGAAUGCCACGCUCCAUACUCCCUACAAACAGAAGAUACAUCCAUUUAUGGGGAGCACUGGAAUACCUCAGUCUUUGAUAACUCCUCUGACUUGAGCUCAGCAUGGCAGUAUCAGAGUCAGUCCAGACUGAGAGGACACCCCAGCUGGGGUAAACUUGCCAUCUACAGCGGAGGGGGAUAUGUGAUUCACCUGGGAACUGACCCUAUAAAUGCCUCCAGAAUUCUCCAAUACCUUUUCAACAACAUCUGGCUUGACACCUUCACAAGAGCAGUGUUUGUUGAAUUUACAGUCUACAAUGCCAACGUGAACCUUUUCUGCAUUAUAAGUCUGAUGUUUGAAAGCAAUGCUUUAGGGGCCUUCUUCACAAGUGCAGAGCUGCAAAGUGUCCGGCUCUACCCCUACACCAACAGCCUCCACAUCUUUGUGGUUGCGGCAGAAGUCAUUUAUUUCCUCUUUAUUGUGUACUACAUGAUAGUACAGGGAAAGCUGCUGAAGAGUCUGAGAUGGAGAUACUUCCACAGCAAGUGGAAUCUCCUGGAGAUGGCCAUUAUAUUGAUUAGCUGGAGUGCUCUGUCAGUGUUUGUGAAACGGACAGUCCUUGGGACCCGAGACAUCAGCUACUACCAGGAACACAAGGAGGACUCCAUAUGCUUCAGUGAAACAGCGAGAGCUGAUGCCAUUCUUGGCUACCUAAUUGCAUUCCUGGUGCUUCUCUCCACAGUGAAACUGUGGCAUCUGCUGAGGCUUAACCCUAAACUGAACAUGAUCACAUCAACACUAAGGAGGGCAUGGGGUGAUAUCUCUGGAUUCAUCACUAUUAUUGCAAUCAUGUUCCUCGCCUAUUCCAUUGCUGCAAACCUGAUAUUUGGCUGGAAGCUCUACUCUUACAAAACUCUCUUUGAUUCGGCAGAGACCAUGGUCAGUCUUCAGCUGGGAAUCUUCAACUACGAGGAGGUCUUGGACUACAAUCCAAUUUUAGGCUCCUUCUUAAUUGGAUCCUGCAUAAUUUUUAUGACAUUUGUGGUACUGAAUCUGUUCAUUUCGGUGAUUCUGGUUGCUUUUAGUGAGGAGCAGAAGCAUUACCAGGCUUCAGAAGAAGAGGAGAUUGUUGAUCUAAUGGUAAUGAAACUCUUCAGUUUCUUUGGGAUAAAAUGCAAGAAGGAAGAGAAGCCAGGCACUGGUGAACAACUAGAACAACCUGUCAGCGAGUGA